AUGACGUCUUGAGAAAGCAACGGUGGCGAUGCGGCUUCUCCAAAAUCAUAACACCAGUGUGAUCGGCGGGUAAAUGUAUAUCAAAUACGUCAUUUCAAAUUCCCAAUUUCGAGAAAGGACCUCCGAACGGAAACCCUAGAUUGAGGCAAGGGGGAAAGAAAUGGGACGUGAUCAUCAUCGUAAUCAAGCGGCCGACGGUCUGGUGCUUCUGUUGAUGAAAGCUCACCAUGAUCUCGCAGCGGUUCAGUCCAAGCUCGAGAAGGAAUUUCAACAGACUUACCCAGACAAUGCAAAUCCUGUAAAGCUGGUUAAUAGGAUAAAGAAGAUACAGGAGGAGGUUUCAGGGCUAAAGGAGCAGUGCGGCGAGCUUCUUGCUGCAAAACAGGUGACUUGCUCUACUUCAUCCUGUCAAUUGGGAUUUCCCCACCAUAAGCGAAGCCACCAAAAUGCUAGCGCAUUGGAGACUAGUAAUGAUGGUGCACUUACUGAGUAUUGCGAAUAUGGUUGGUUCUUCGGGCUAUUUCUGCAGGAGUUGGUUGAUAAAGCACGCACGGUUCUUUUGGGGAACAACAAUGUAAUACAAAGGAUGCAAGUAUCAACUGGCAUUUCUCCAACUACUGUUGAUGAGGAUCCUGCAUUUGCUGACUUCAAUCAGGUCAUUGAUGAGUGGAGUACACAAGUCCGAUCAGGAACUGGAAACGAUGGAGAUGAUUCUGAAGGCCAGGACAUAAACCAAUUGCUCUUCUCUACCAUUGUGCAAAGCAACGACUAAGUACAGACGUCGGUAGCAAAGACCUGGGUAGCCGAAGAUGGGAUUUCCCAGAACCUAUCUAAAAUUGUAGUAUGGCCUCAAGUACCAAUUGCGUGACAAACACCACAUAUUUGAAGAAGAUAACAAGCAAUCCCCAAAGUUUGAUUUGGUGGUACAGUCAGUAUUUACGUCAGAGUUGUAUUAACAAUGCAUCCUGUUACAGUUAAAAGUGGAUUAUGAAAUGCUAAUCAAUUUGUGCUAAUACAAACUUGA